ACUAGAGUGGUGUCCCUUUAAUUGUUUGCCGAAAAUCAAAGUGAAAAUGGAGGUAACCAGUAAGAAAAUAAGUGAUGACGAGAAAAUCAGAAAUGCUGCUACAUACAAAGCUGACGGAAAUGCCUUCUACAAAGAAAAAGAUUUUAGGAAGGCUAUCGGCAAAUACCAUAGAGCCAUUCUACAACUGAAAGCAGUUGGAAGUGAAUCGAAGUGUGCUGCUUUGUUGCCGGUGCCGCUGACAAAUGCUGCCCCACAAGAACUGUCCCCUGAAAUGAACGACUUAUUCAUUUCUUUAAGGGUGGAUUGUUAUAACAAUUUAGCAGCCUGUCUACUGCACCAAGAGAAUACCAACUACAAUAAGGUAUUGGAGUACUGUGGUCAAGUCCUGUCAGACCGACCAUCGAACAGUAAAGCCAGACAUCGGAAGGGUGUUGCCCUGUACCACCUAAAACGUUACGAUGAAGCUAACUCCAUUCUCCUUAGUUUAGAGAGUGCAGAUGCAGCAACAAAAAAGUACCUAGCACUCUGUAAGCAGGCCAUGCGAGAAGAAGAUAAACAGCUUCAGAAAACAUAUCGUGCCAUGUUUGGCAGCAGCUCAACAAAACCAAUGGAGAUUGAGAAAACGUGACCUCAAUAUAUAACAUGUGGAAUGUGAAAGUACAUAAAGUGUCAGAUGGCUUGCAUGAAAUGUGAUACAUAUAAACUGUAUGGAAAGUGAAAGUGAAUGAUCAGUGACUAUGAAAAUUAUCCAUGUAGGAUGUAUGGGACGUGAAUGUUAUAUGUGGCUGCUCGAUCUGUGAUAGUAUGUUUAAUAUCUACUCCAUGAUCUUCAACAGAGUAAUGUUUAAUAACUUUUGUGGCUGACAGAGUAAUGUUUAAUGUUAAUGUUUUGUGGAACUAGUGAUGAUAAACUUGCAUUAACUUGCUGAAGGCAGGUUAUGAAGUAUUUAGAAUGUACCAAGUAAAGCUUAGGAUACAUAAGCUAUAUGCAUCUGCAUCUGGUUGGUAUUUUUAGCAAAAAAGCUACUCCUACUAUAUAAACAAGGUAUAACGCUUGAAAAGUCGCAACUACAUGUAGGGAUGAGGUUUGAUUUACUCUGAAUUAAAUAUCAAAUGCACACAUACUUCAGUAAUGUACCUUUGUUUAGAAUCCUCAGAUAUCAAUGCAUGUUAUUAUAUAUUAUAUAUAUUAUAUUAUAUAUAUUAUAUUAUAUAUAAUAUUCUUUUGUCACGUGCAAUGCUUUAAGUGGUCUGCUAUCGGACGAUGCAUCAGCCUUGGAAUGGAAGUGGGCUAUCUAUUUCAGAACAGUUUUGCAACAGGCAAUUUGAUUGGUUGACAGCUCAGAAAACAAUAUUAAUUUUAUAUUAAUAUAUAUAAAUCAGACUCCCUGUUUUAAAUUUUCCAAACAGUUUUAAGAUAGAUAGCCUACUUCGAAUUCUGUUCCAUAGUUGAUGCAUCGUCCAAUCUUCAAGUGUUACACUAUAUUGAUAUAGUAGUAAGGGCCAAUAUUUUUUUGCUAUAAGUAGUAACCAGAUGCAGAUGCCUUUGCUAGGUAUUGUGUAUAACCUUGUGAUUUUGUAUUCAGAAACUUGGAGACUGCUGUUUUAACUUUAUUUCUGACUAAACCAGAGUAGACAAGUAUUAAUUUAGUAAAGAGAGAGUAAUGUCUUGUUUAUACAACGUACAUACUUGGCAAAAUAAAUUAAAGACAUAAUA